AUGGAGGAGACGCGGCGGAGGAGGUUCCUGCCCGCCACUCUCGGCACUUUCGAUGACAGCGCCGAGCUGCUGCCGGACGCUAACCAGCCGCUGCCGGACGCUAACCAGCCGCUGCCGGACGCUGACCAGCCGCUGCCGGACGCUGACCAGCCGCUGCCGGACGCUAACCAGCCGCUGCCGGACGCUAACCAGCCGCUGCCGGACGCUAACCAGCCGCUGCCGGACGCUGACCAGCUACCGACGUACACCCACCAGUCGCUACAAGACGCCAACCAGUCACCAGAAGGCACCAACCAGGUACUGGAAGAAAACCAGCCGACGGAAGACGCUAACCAGCCGACGGAAGACGCCAACCAGCCGACGGAAGACGCCAAGCAGCCGACGGAAGACGCCAACCAGCCGACGGAAGACGCCAACCAGCCGACGGAAGACGCCAACCAGCCGACGGAAGACGCCAACCAGACGACGGAAGACGCCAACCAGCCGACGGAAGACGCCAACCAGCCGACGGAAGACGCCAACCAGCCGACGGAAGACGCCAACCAGCCGACGGAAGACGCCAACCAGCCGACGGAAGACGCCAACCAGCCGACGGAAGACGCCAACCAGCCGACGGAAGACGCCAACCAGCCGACGGAAGACGCCAACCAGCCGACGGAAGACGCUUACCAGCCGACGGACUCUCGCAAUCACAACACAAGGCCCGCCUCACACUCCAUAACGAUCUUCAAUACUGUAUUCCAAUCAAAUCUAAUAUUGGUCGCGUCCGCCGUAUACUUGUAA